AUGCAACUUCGCUGGAUUCUCCCGGCCCUUUUGGCCGUUUUCGGUUCUUGGGCAGCUCCCGCGCCCGUGGAUAGCUUCGAGAAGAGCUUGGAAGAACGAGACGACCUGUCAGCGGCUUCUUCAAAAAUUUAUAUACCCGCAUCGACACUGAAAACGGAUAUCUUGGCUGCCAAAGGCCUCGUCAAUCUUGCUUUUUACCAAAUCACACACCCUUCGGGUGGAAGCUGCAACUUGCUCAAUGCUGCUAUUCGGCGAGAAUGGUCAACCUUGUCCAAAGCAGAACGACGCGAAUAUAUCGAUGCCGAACUUUGCUUGAUGUCCAAGCCAUCCGAAGAUCCCGCCUUCGCAGCCGGCGCAAAGACUCGUUACGAUGACUUUGUUGCCGUUCACAUCAACCAGACGCUAUCCAUUCACGGAACAGCCAACUUCUUGGCCUGGCACCGAUAUUUCACCUGGUCAUUCGAGCAAGCGCUCCGAAAUGAGUGCGGUUAUACUGGCUAUCAACCAUAUUGGAAUUGGGGAAAGUACGCCUUUGACCCUCUUAACUCUCCACUUUUCGACGGUAGUGACUACAGUAUGUCAGGCAAUGGAGCUUUUGAGGAGCACGGUUGCACCAAUGCUCUUCCUACAGGCUUGAACUGCAUUCCUCCCGGAUCAGGGGGUGGCUGUGUCAACACUGGACCUUUCAAAGACUAUGUUGUCAACUUGGGCCCUGUCUCUCCCACUCUGGACAUCCCCGGAAUUAUCAACUACUCCAAUCCUGAUCCUCUGGCCUACAACCCUCGAUGCCUUCGUCGCGACAUUUCGUCCUGGGUCUCUUCCAACUGGACCAAGGAUUCAGAUUCCUACGACCUGAUCUCUAACUACGACGACAUUGAGUCCUUCCAGGACCGCAUGCAAGGAGACUUCCCCAAUGGCUACUACGGUGUGCACACGGGCGGUCACUUCACCACCGGUGGCGAUCCCGGCGGUGAUUUGUUUGCCUCCCCCGCCGAACCGUCCUUCUUCCUGCACCACGCGCAAAUCGACCGAACCUGGUGGAUCUGGCAAAACCAAGACCUAGAAAACCGCAAGAAUGCCUUUGGUGGCGGCACCUCCACGCUCGAUCCCGUCAACAGCCCUCGUGGUCAACUCACAGACCCCAUCAUUAUGGGAAGCCUAUCCACGACCGUGCAGAAUCAGGACGUUAUGAGCACGACUGAGGGACCGCUGUGCUACAUUUACGUAUAA